GAACAUGAAAAAGAGCUUACCCAACGAUCGGCGUUCGUACUCCUUGGAGCCUUCUGUGCCUUCUUCUGCAGUGUCGGUUUCUUCAAUGCCUGGGGUAUCUUCCAGGAAUACUAUCACGCCCAUCAGCUAUCACAAAACUCAGAGUUUGACAUCUCAUGGAUUGGCAGUUUCUCCAUCUGCGCCAUGUAUCUCACUUCUCCUGCCGUGGGCAUCGCUUACGACAAGAUUGGACCAAACAUGCUGUUGGUUAUAGGCAGUGUUGGUGCUCUCUUUGCCAUCUUCAUGAUCUCGCUUUGCAAGGAGUAUUACCAAAUCUUUCUUGCACAGGCAUUGAUUUUUGGUGUCAGCUCAGCCUUUCUGGUUACCCCUUCUUUGUCGACACUCACCAAAUACUUUCGCAAAGAUCGUGCUCUGGGGAUGGGUAUUGUUGUUGCCGGGUCUUCUACUGGAGGCGUGAUUUGGCCUAUCGUUCUGGAUCAAUUCUUGAAUCAUACAAGUCUUGGAUUCGGCUGGACUAUUAGAGUUACCGCGUUCAUUAUGCUUCCGCUACUUAUUGUUAGUUGUUUACUUGUUCGAUCACCUGCUGCUAUUCCAGCAUCUCUGGAUGAAAAGGACCAAGAUUCUACACCAAAGCCAAAAGCCGAUCUCAGCAUCAUAAAAAAUCCAGCCUUCAUUCUCUGUUGCGCUGGCAUGGCUGUUGCAAAUUUCGGCAUGUUUAGCCCCUUCUUCUAUGUCAGCUCUUAUGCUGCUUCCCUGCACAUGUCGACUUCAUUUUCAUUCUAUCUGGUUUCUAUCGUUAAUGCUGCUUCCCUCUUUGGCAGGAUCUUACCUGGUUUCUUGGCAGAUCGCUAUGGCUGCUUUAAUCUGCUGGCUCUUGCGGCUUUGGCGUCUGGUAUCGUGGCUUUUUGCUGGACAGCAGCUACUAGUGUUUCGGGAGUUGCGGUUUGGGCACUGGCGUAUGGAUUUGCUUCUGGAACUGCUUGUGUGGCGAGACUUGCGACACCACAGACUAUGGGUACUGCUAUGGAGUUGGCUAUGGGAUCUAUUGCCCUCAUGGCUCUGUUUGGUGCUCCCAUCAGUGGUCUGCUUGUUGGUCAAUAUAGCUAUCUGGCUCUUAGCAUGUUUUCUGGGGCCGCGUUGGUUGCUGGGUCUGUUUUGAUUGCUUGUGCACGUUNNUAUUUCCAGGAUAGAAGGUUGUUUGCGGUGGUU